AUGAAAGCAAAUGUAAUGUUUUGCCUUCUGGCGCCUCUGGUAGCCGCUCUCCCGACCGAAUUCAUCCAAUUGGAACCUGAACUUGCCGCACGCCGCGUUAAUAUCACUGAGAGAAUUGCUGAUUUAGAGGAUCGACAAGCCUCCGUGAGCAUUGAUCAACUCUUCAAAAGGAAGGGCAAAGUUUAUUUCGGCACUGCGACUGACCGUGGCCUACUCCAACGAGAACGAAACGCAGCCAUUAUCCAGGCUAAUCUUGGUCAAGUGACGCCAGAGAAUAGCAUGAAAUGGCAGUCUCUUGAGUCUAACCAAGGCCAGUAUAACUGGGGAGAUGCGGAUUACCUCGUUAACUUCGCCCAACAAAACGGGAAGACGAUCCGUGGACAUACUCUCAUAUGGCACUCACAACUACCUAACUGGGUCAAUAAUAUCAAUAAUGCAGAUACCUUGCGCCAAGCUAUCCGUACUCAUGUUCUCACUGUUGUUGGGAGAUAUAAAGGAAAGAUUCGCGCUUGGGAUGUAGUAAACGAGAUUUUCAACGAGGAUGGAACACUACGCUCUUCUGUGUUUUCUAGACUGCUUGGCGAAGAGUUCGUUUCGAUUGCCUUUCGUGCUGCUCGAGAAGCUGAUCCGUCUUGUCGUCUCUACAUCAACGAUUACAAUCUCGACGUUGCCGGGUCUAGUAAAGUCAACUUAAUGAGAUACUACGUGGAUAAAUGGAUCUCUCAGGGAGUACCAAUUGACGGCAUCGGAACUCAAACCCACAUCGGUGCUGGAGGAGGUGCCUCUGUACAAGCUGCACUUCAGCAGCUAGCUACAGCGCCCGUCACCGAACUGGCCAUUACUGAACUUGACAUCGUGGGAGCACCAUCAAACGAUUACAGCGCAGUUGUUCGAGGAUGUUUGAACGUUGCUAAGUGCUUGGGGAUCACUGUGUGGGGUAUUAGCGACAAGGAUUCGUGGCGUUCAGGCUCCAGUCCCCUUCUGUUCGACAGCAACUUCAAUCCUAAAGCAGCGUACAACAGUAUUGUAAGCAUUUUACAAUAG